AUGGCUCUGCAACGCCUGCGACAGCUUUCUUCACAUCUUACGGGUGCCCCAUCCUCGGGUUUGACUGCUUUGGAACAGAAACAUCCAGAUGAUGUCGUCAUAACAAUGGCCAUCCGUUCUCCACUGACUAAAGCGAAGAAGGGUGCCCUGAAAGAUACAAUGACAGACGAGCUUUUGCUGGAGAUGUUCAAGCAUGCAAUAGCUCAGUCUAAUGUCGAUCCAAGUGUUGUUGGCGACAUCUGUGUAGGCACAGUGCUCACCCCCGACCCGGUUUAUCAUGCCAGAGAAGCGGCGCUGGCAGCUGGUUUCCCGGAAUCCGUACCAAUUCAAGUCGUCAACCGCUUUUGUUCCUCCGGUCUCAUGGCGGCAACUGUCAUCUCAAAUCAAAUCCGCUCUGGUCAGAUCGAGAUUGGACUUGCUGUCGGUGCUGAAUCCAUGACCCAAAACCCUGACAAAGGUGCUCCUGCUCAGUCCGAGGCUCUUGGAGUCAACGCUGCUGCUAAGGACUGUCUUCAUCCCAUGGGUUGGACCAGUGAGAAUGUUGCUCAAGAUUUUGAUAUCUCACGAGAGAUUAUGGAUGAAUACUCGGCAAAAUCAUAUCAACGGGCUGAACAUGCUGAGAAAGCCGGUUAUUUCGCGAAGGAGAUUGUCGCAUUUACUGUUUACGAGAAAGAUCCUACCACUGGUGAACGCAAGAAGACUGUAGUUACAAAGGACGAUGGCAUCCGUUACGGGACGACGAAAGAGGCACUUUUAAAGAUUCGGUCAGCGUUUCCUCAGUGGGGCAAAGCACACACAACGGGUGGGAACGCAAGCCAAGUCACUGAUGGUGCAGCAGCAAUCAUGAUGAUGACUCGGCGCAAGGCGGAGGAGCUUGGGCUUAAAAUUCUAGGCAAGCACAUCACUACUGCUGUUGCAGGCUGCCCUCCCCGUGUGAUGGGCAUUGGCCCCGUGUUUGCCAUCCCCAUGGUUCUUCAAAAUGCUGGACUGAGCACAGAAGACGUCGACUUGUAUGAAAUUAACGAAGCAUUUGCUUCGCAGUACGUCUACUGCAUCCGGGAGCUUGGUCUGAACCCAGAGAAAGUGAAUGUUAAUGGAGGUGCCAUAGCCUUUGGCCACCCAUUAGAUGAACAGAUCGUCACUGGAUUAAAUGAGCUCCAUCGGAGAAAGGGGAAAGUGUUGGUCACUUCUAUGUGUAUUGGGACUGGAAUGGGUGCAGCAGCGAUCUUUGUGCGGGAUCACUGA